AUGAUGCUUGGAGGAUGGGGUCGAAGUCCUGGGAGCAGUGGAUCCGUCCCGCCGUCAGGACAACGUACCGGUCACCGACUAUUGCCAUUGCCGUUCAACAGAACUGGAGGCGGCAGUGGAAGCGGCGGAAGCGGUGGCAGAGCAGCCGAAGCUGAAGAUGUCAUGGGACAUUAUGGACGAACCAAAGGCGGUGUAAACAAAAUAAGAACUGGCUUAUAUUAUUCUCCACCAGGUACAUCUUAUACCAUACUUGAAAAGCCUCCAGCCGCCUCACCACCACCUCCACCACCUAGAGCAACAUAUCUAAGGGAGUCGUCAGCUGGCGUAUCUGGACCAAAUCACCCAGGCACUGGUAGCAAUAGUAAUCGUUCUAAUAAUGCCGGUUCACGUGGAAGUUCUGGAAAAAAGAGGCCUAUUUCUCCGGAACAAGUUCUUAAAAUGUUUGCAGCACCCAAUUACAACCCAUCUUCCUCGUAUCACGUGUCUAGCUCUAAACCACAAUCACCUCCACCUCAUGGUUCAAACACCUCUCAACCGCACAACAACACAUCAUCCACAAUACAUAAUGAUAAUCUUACAGUACGUACGAUAUCGAUGUCAAGGCCAAAUGCAGCUUCAGGAAGCCCGUCCAAUCAAGGAUUUGGUAUUUGUGUUAAAGGCGGAGCAGAUGAAUCAAAUGUUGGGGUGUAUAUAUCACGGGUAGAAGAAGGAAGUAUAGCCGAGAGCGUUGGUCUUAAGCCUGGAGAUUCAAUUUUAGAAGUAAAUGGCAGGCCAUUUUCAACUAUAUCACACGAAGAAGCAUUAAAAAUUUUUAAGUCAUAUCGGCAAAUUACAAUGACAGUAAAAUGUCCAUCACCACCUCAAUCAAUGCCUACCAUGCACAAAAAAGAUGACGACGAGAACACUAAUCAAGACGAUGCGUGGAGAUUGUCCAGAACGUAUUCAUGGAUUAAUCGUAAGGGUCAACCAGUGUCACCUCCUUUAGAAUAUGCCAAACCAAUUUCUCCAUACUCAAAAUGGUCCUAUACUCGAUCAUCCAAAGAUAAAAUAAGAAAAGUUGAAUUGGUGAUUGAACCGGGACAAAGUCUUGGUCUGAUGAUUAGGGGUGGAACUGAGUAUAAUUUAGGUAUUUUUAUCACUGGUAUCGAUAAAGAGUCUGUUGCAGAUCGAUCUGGACUUAUGAUUGGUGAUCAAAUUUUGGAAGUAAAUGGUCAAUCUUUUUUGAAUUUAUCACACGAUGAAGCAGUAAAUCAAUUAAAAUUUCAAAAACAAAUGACCCUUACCGUAAGAGACGUAGGUAAAGUUCCUCAUUCAUGCACAACAUACAACCCAGAUACAAAUUGGAACCAUUCUAUGGACAAUGCAGACGGUGCUUUGAAGUUAGGGACAUCUGCUGCAUCUCAAAUGGUAGAGGAAAAAGCUCGAAUUUUGCUGACGAAAAAUGAAUUUAAUACUUUACGGUAUUAUUUGGACGAGUAUUCGUGUUCUCGAAUGUCUAUUGACGCAUUUAUAACUAUACUUUUCGAAUUGCUCAAUACAACUGAUAAGUUUACGCUGUUGACGGAAUUGCGCGAACUAAUAGGCCCCUCGGAUCGAGACCGUUUUGAUCAAUUGGUAUAUAGAAGAGGACGGGAAUCCAGAAAAACGCACUCCCGAAAACUUGAUGGUUUUAAUUCAAAUAUACCUGGAGGUCAAAGUAAAGGAUUUGAUUUUCCUAAUGAAAAUUCUGGGAUGGAUAUUGGGACUACCGAGUAUUCAAAUUCAAAUUAUAGGACUAGUAAUGAUAGAAAAUCUGAGGGAAAACAUUCUCCGAUGAAAACUGACGAACAAUCUCAUAGAGAUAUGGAAGUGGAAGAAUUUGAAUUUAGCCAUCAAGAUUAUGGUGACUUGGAAACUGAGCUUUUACCAAGAAAAUAUCAUAACGAUUUGAUUGAUGUUGGUUAUACGCAUCGAAAUUCAGGCAUUUAUGAUGAAUCUAAUAUGACUAGGUCAUCGAGUGGAUACUUGGAGGGACUGCGAUCCCACUUAGGGGGAUGGACCCAAAAAUUGAAAUCCUGGUACUAUGGAAGUUCUCUACAAUUAUCAAACAAACACGGGCGGUCAUACGAUGGUAAAAAUGAACUGCUGGAUGAGGAUGGAAGUUAUCGGAGAGAAAGUGGUUUUAUAGAGUCAUCGUGUUCAAAUAAUAUACAAAACGAAUCUCAGGAAAAUGGGGCUGCAUACGAAGCAGGAGGUCUAGAAGUUGGACAAUUGAUCUUAGAAGUUGACGGCCAAAAAGUUGAAGGAAUGCCUCAUCAAGAAGUAGCCAGGCUCAUCGCAGAAUCUUUUGCACAAACCGAUAAAUCCGAAAUCGAGUUCCUUGUAGUUGAAGCAAAGAAAUCGAAUUUGGAACCGAAACCUACGGCACUGAUAUUUUUGGAAAGUUAA